GUCUUGCUGAUAGAUUUGAGGAAUAUCCCAAGCUGAGGGAACUAAUCAGACUCAAGGUAAGACUGUUCACUUAAACAGUGUUGUGAGUUACCUCCCUCUUAUUCCCAAGACUAAUCAAUUACGCAACAUCACUUAAUUUCUUAACAAAAUCCACUAAUGAUCAAAAAAGGUUAUGAGAAUUAAUGAAAUCAGCACUAAAGAAAUGCUUUGAUCUUUUAUCAAAUUCUAUCAGCUAAUUGUUUAUGGAAAUAUUCAUGUAUAAAGAUCAGUCUGGAGAUUUUGUUUGUUGAUAUUGGGACUUCAAUGGUUAUUGCGGGUAUAAACAUCUUUAUUUGUUACAGGGUCAGCAGCGAGCACAGAUUUAAGUUGGACCCUACGGCUGUAGUUGCACAUACAUGAGAACCCGUACGAACUAAUAGGCUGGGAUGAUGCAAACAGCUAUAAUUAAGUUUAUGUCAUACCAAUUUGAGUGAAAGAAGCCUCAUGUGCAAGACAGAUCCAUUGCCAUAUUUAUUUUCGCUUUUGUUCACACCAUGUUCAAAUAAUAUUAGGGAUGCCUUGGCUUGUGUAUUGAAUCCUCUUAACUUUUGAAACUUGUAGCAGUUUUCUGGUAACUCUUGUUGCUUCCAUUACAACUUACAUACUAUUAUUACCAUUUUUCUUCACAUUAGUUGCUCUGUACCCUAUGAAUUCAAUGUAUUUAGCUCCACCUUACCAUGUCCGAUCAUAAUAUUAUAUGAAAUUCUUUGAAGACAAAGCCCACAGAAAUUAAUGUUGUUGCACUUUAUGUCAUUGUUUAAGCCCAUUCGCUCCUGAACUACCAAGUCUCUUUUACUGCUUGUGACAUCAUCAGUUUUAACGGUCAAGGACAACUUUGUCAGCUACAUGUAACUUGUGCAGGGUGAAGAGAUCUUGCUACCCAUACCGGAAAGGGCCCGAUUCAAGCAAGUAGGGGGGAGGGGGGGAGGAGAAAAAGGCAAAAAACCGUUUAACAUUGACCUGAAAAUUCCCAUAAAAAUUCCACGACCCACCCACCUUUUCCUUCAUCUAAUUCUAAGAUCCUAAAAGCUUUCACAAAAAUUAAUACUUUUCCCACCAAAAUGAAGACUAUCAAAUGCACAGCAGAAGAUAAAAAAUUUUGCAAGAAAAAUGGAAGAUGAUGGGAGGAGAGAACGCGAAAAGAAAGAUCCAAGACUGAUGUCCGUGUCACUUUUAAAGCCAAAAUCUAUUUUGAAAUUUUGCUUUCUGCACAUGCCUGAACUUUGGAGGCUAAAACAAUGUAUUUUGCAUCUGAAUCAGAAGGCCAGGAAGUGUAUGACCUGUAAAUGGCUUUGUGUUAAGUUUUAACUCUUUAAUGCCAGAGAGUGACCAGAAAAUGUCUUGACUAGCUUCAAAACACGUUUUUCAGCAAAAUAACCACGGGAGCAAAUGGGUUUAUCUUCUUCUAACCAUUCAAAAAACGUGUCUAAUGAAGAUUUUAUUUUAGGAUGAAAUCAUUGCUGAACGUGCUACUCCGCCUAUGUAAGUAACCCUCAAACAAAUAUUAAGCCAUAACCUACAAGCAUGCCACUGUUACUUGGCAAUAAUUUAUUUUUUCAGUUUCGUGUAAAUCUUAAUUUCAAUAUAGGAUGCUUGAAAAGUUAGUUAGGGAGAGUUAGGGAGUUGAGAUUCUUAGUGUACCAAGCUUGGUCUAACAGUCCUUGGGAAAAAAUGAGAGGAUACGUAUUUUUUUUAGAAAUUGAUUUUAAAAAGGCAAAAUUUUGUUGUAUUAUCUAAUAGGCACAGACCUACCUAGUGUGGGUGGGAAUGAACAGAACUUACAGGCCUUCACUUCUUCCCCUUCAAUGUUGAUUUUACAGACAUUUAUGGGAGUUUAUGACCAAGCAAACCUGUAAAACCAACUUUGCGGGGAGAAGGGGGAAGCGAUCAAGUUUUUGUGAACCUCUUAGAUUAUCUUGCUUUUUCCGGAAGUGUUUCAUCAAAAUAGUUAUCGGUGAUUGUAGUACAAAAAACAAUGCCAACUUUCGAUUGUGAACUGGGCUCCAUAUUUGUAUUCAGGUACCUUGAUUGUGAUCUUCAUUUGUUUGAUCUUGAUGAGCUUGAAUGUAAGUUUGAUGUGGUGUAUAUUGACCCUCCCCUGGAGGAGUAUCAGCGCCGUGCAUCUGGUACCACCUUUAACUGGAAACCAUGGACUUGGGAUGAGGUUUGUCGAUUGUUAUUUUUUGCCACUGCAGUGUUUUUAGCCCAUGUUACAGGCCAAAAUUAAAAUCAGGUUAAAUUUUUUAACCUAGAUUGAUUUUCUAUUUCCUUUGUCUCAGCUCUAAUUAUUUAUGAAUUAGAGCUACGAGACAAAGGAAAUGGAAAAUCAACCUAGGUUAAUAUAUUUUAACCUGUAACAUAUACUUUUUUACUUAUGGAAUUAAAGAAAAAAAUAGGGGAAAACUAUAUUGGCCAGGGUUCGUACAGAGUCUUGAAUUCUUGAAAAAGUCUUGACAUUUGCAAAGCAAUUUUCUAGAACUCGAAAAAGGCUGGGAAAUAAAGAUUAAGUCUGGAACAGUGGUAGAAAGUCUGGAGUUUUUUUUAAAGCUACAUGUACAACAAGUGCUAGUCUGCUACACAGCUGUUUUUGGUGUCGUCACGCAACGCUCCUCCCCACUAAAAACGGCUGUGUAGCAGACUAAACAAGUGCUUAAUAAGUGAAUUUUUUUCCCGUGGUCAAAUUCUACCCCCGUGGCCAAGACAUUUAAUCACAGAAUGAGAAAUUUCAUAACUCUCUUACGUCCGCAUUGCUAAGUUUAGGAAGGAAACCGCGACUACCAGGACAAUAGGCAUGUCUGUUGUUAAGAGUAUGCGACGUCAACCGCCACCAGGGGAGGUGAGAAGGGUGAAACUUCGAAGUCAUUUCCACUAAAGUUCUCCGUUGAACUGGCGAAGCCACCGGCGGGAAAAAACCAUGCAAUUCUAAGCGAGAGCCACGAUGCCAUGUCACUAGCGCACAGGCUCGACUGGAGGGAAUUUAAACGAGUUUCUUAUUUCCCACGUCACGGGUUAUUUGUGUAUGCAGUGAGAAUAGUGACAGCGUGGUCUCUAAUAUUGCAGCUUUCUAUUAAUCCAUUAAUAAUCUCAUGACCUUUUUUCAACUUAUUAUUUUCACUAAAAAGAUAGCCAAACACACUGGGCCUUGUUGUUUGAAAUUGAUGGUUUGUGUAUUUUGUAGAUAAUGAAACUUGAAGUAGAAAAGGUUGCAGCACCACGCUCAUUCCUCUUUCUUUGGUGUGGCUCCCACGAAGGACUGAAUGAAGGCAGAAAGGUAAAACGACUGAACUUUUGCUCGAAACAUCAACUUUUCCUUCCCCCGAUCAACUUUAUCAAGUCAGUUUAUAAUAUAUAGAUUUUUCCACUGCCAAGGGCGAAGCUCCCGUUAACGAAUUUUUAUAAUUUCCUUCAAACAAUAAACUUGUAACCAUUACAGAGAAAUCCUCUUAGAGGUGAGCCUGCGAUUAGUUGAAAACAAGUUACUUGUCAGGGGAUAACUUUUAAAAAAACGUAACCGCGAUGGGUCAACACCUGAGCCAGCGAAACUGUCAUGUGAUACUGGUCAGUGAAUACCCUGUUUUGACAGCUGUCAGCUGAUCACAACAUGGAUGUGCAAUAUCACGUUGCAAGCUCCCACACUAGCUAGAAAAUCUGACAUCAUAUCACCUUGGUGACCCUGUGGUGCGGGCGGAAGGGCUUAUAGGUCAGGUGAUUACCAAAGUUUCUUGGAUGGAUAGAUAACCACUCCUGCUCUAACAUGGUGUCCAUGAAAUAUUAAUGGGCUUUUACUUAAAAAGCAGUUCUGUCACAAACGUGGAUUCAAUUUUACUCCCUGCCCUGGGUUAAUGUUAACAGGCUUUUCGAAGAACGGGCCCCCCGCCAUACCAAAGAAUUUUCAGUACAGUUUUUUGUUAGGCUUUGUUAUCUUAUUGUUUUUAGCAGUAAACGCCCUCUCACUCUGCUUGAAACCCUCCAAGAGUAAGAAAGCUUCCUUUAUACCUCUACGCUAAAGCAAAGGAAGUGCUCCCCACAAUUUAUUUUUCUUCUUUUCAACUAGUGCCUAAGAAAGUGGGGAUUCCGUCGUUGCGAGGACAUUUGCUGGAUCAAAACAAACAAAACCAAUCCUGGAAACACCAAAUACCUUGAACCUGAUGCUAUAUUUCAACACACUAAGGAGCACUGUUUGAUGGGAAUCAAAGGAACCGUUAGGAGAAGCACUGACGGAGACUUCAUCCACGCCAACGUUGAUACUGACCUUGUUAUUACGGAAGAGGUACAUUGCACAGUUCACGAGUGAAUAGUUCUUAUGGCCCGGCCACUAAUUACUAAAGAUAAUUGUAGAGUUCCUUAGAGGGCCUAUGUCGCGCUAUAUCCUGUCUUUAAAGAGCUAAAACGCGUCUUCACAUCAAUUAAAUUCCAAAAAUACUUGUCCAAUUUUGUUAUUUAAGACUAUAUUUAGGUAUUCAAACUGUUUCCUGUCGUCUGUUGCAACAAAUGGCAAGGAUGGACAUGGAUCGAAACUUGCUAAAGUUGGGCUAACUUUUUCAAGCUUUAAUGCUAUGCCUGCAAAAUAAUUAUUACGGUCAGUGUUCCCUGAUAAAAUUUGUUUGAUAUCUUUUGUAUAAUUCUACAGGAGCAUUUUGGGUUUGUGGGUAAGUUAUUCGAAUGCGCGUUGCAACGUGGCAGUGAAAUAUUCACUAGUCAAGUGUAGAUCCGCCCUCUUUUCGUUCUCGCUUCAUCGCGAUUAUCUAAUCAUCUGGGUCGUCUCGAGCGCUUCGAUUGAGAGCAUCCGGACGAUUAUUGAGGAACCGGGCCGUAUAAAGACUUAUCGUCAAUCUAGGGGAUUGUCAUAAUACCACAAUACCCUUCCUACCCAGGCGCUUCCUGGGAUUUUCGGAAACGUAGAGGCGCAAGUGGCUAUGGGAAUUUUUUGGUGUAAAGCGAGAAGGAUCAUGGAUAAGCUUCAAAAGCGCAAAGGCACAUGAGAAGGCUCAACGUAAAAGGCCAAAUAGCGCCUCCCAUUUUCACCCUUCGCCUAACCAUGUGUACCGCGACUACUGCCGAAAAUUCCAGCAUCGCAUGUAAGGUGUUUCAAGACACAACUCGACUGAUGAGGCUAUCCAGACGAUUAUGCGGAUUAUACUUCCGCAGGAGAAAUUUCUGCAAUUUGAUUGGCUUAGAGCAGUGGUAUUUCAGCCUAAUUUGAAAUACCUACAUUUGAAAAUGACAAACCUUUUGCGGGUAGUAGUAUAAACAAACAAUAGCAUGAUUUGUACGUGAUAUUUGGCAUAAAUACCACUCAUGAUAUUUCAAAAUUGUCUCAAUUUACGUAUAACAAUUUUGAAACAUCACUCGUGGUAUUUAUGCCAAAUAUCACUACAAAUCAUGCCAUUACCUAUAGUAACAGGCUUUUGGGGGCCGCACCCCAAACAAACCAGUUUGUUUCCAUUCUCCACACAACGAAAUAAGAGAGAAUGUCACCUAGUAGUUGUGCGAAGGAGGGCACAGUGUUGGUGCACGUGCAGAGUUGUUGCUCACUAGACCUCCUUUUUUAACUACUUUCUUGUUGCCGUCGCCGUCGCCGUCGCCGUCGUCAUUGCUCAACCUCCCUUCAAGACUGGUCUCGAUGUGAUCACUACGAUCUUAGGCCAACGUUCUUAAAGAUAGAAGCGAUCAUAUAAAAGCUAGCGUUUUGGGACCUUUGUGUUAGUCGUCCUGACCGUGAAAAGGAUCGCGCCAAGUAGAAUCAUGUUUGGUGUCGUAAAAGCAAAUUUCAACUACUAUGAGUCGGCCAAUUGAGCUGUUGAGUACGCGAGGAACUUGAAAAGAGCUGUUAUCGAGGGUAUGAAUCUUACCGUAACUUUUAUGGUACUGGAGACUGUUAUUAGAACAGCGUGCUAAGAGGUUCUCUUCUGGACUGUUUAAGGUCAAGACUGUGUUUCAGCAAGGCUUUGUGAACUGUGCUACUUGAUUUCGUAAACAAAAUAAUUGUGGAGAAAAUCAAUGAGGAAUAAUACAUUGAAUACUUAUAACAAUUACGUUGCUCUUUUUGCCGAUUUUUAGCCACCUCUUGGGAGUACAGAAAAACCGACUGAAAUAUUCCAUAUAAUGGAACACUUCUGUCUUGGGCGGCGCCGGCUUCAUUUGUUUGGUAGCGAUGACACUUUAAGACCAGGUAACUUUUAUCAGGUGUUCUGGUAAUUUUUUUCUUUUAAUUUAUAGAAAAUGGUAUGACUAUGUACAAGCAAAAUGUACAAGUAUUUUGAUACUGGAAUAUAAUCUACGAGCCAGAGAGGAGGACAAAGGUUCAUAUCUGCGUAACUAGGCUUUCGAUAAUCAAAGAAAGGGUACUUUGACCAACUACUAACUUAUAAUUAAAAUUAAAGUGAAAGUAAAAUAGGGAAAAAACAUGCAAUUUUCAAAGAGGCUUAGGGACUAAACAUUAGACCAAUAACCACAAAUAAAACAUGAGGAAAUUGUACGUUUUUCUAGGAAUUACUUACGGAGGGAACACUUAGGAAACCGAAGACUGACAAAAGUUUUGUUUCCAGCCUCUCGGAAAGAAUUUCCAGUUCGUUGAAAAUCAUUUUUCACCUUUAAAUUAUAUUUUUGUGUCUUUUUAAAGGCUGGCUGUCAGUUGGACCAAGUCUAACAAGUUCAAACUUUUCCGCUGAUUUGUACAACUCCUACUUUUCCAGCGGGCCUGAAGACCUUCUUGUCGGCUGCACACAAGAAAUUGAGACUCUGCGGCCUAAAUCCCCCACGGGAAAACAUAAAGGAGACGGAGGGGGACGCGGAGGUGGAAAUGCCCCAAACCGGGGGGGGACCUGGUCCCAGGACUCGGGGAGGGGUCCGUGGGGGAAUGAUGCGAGGCGUAGGUUUUCAAGGGAGUGGGGGAAGAGGUUUUGUAAGCUUUUCCGUUAGGUAGUCAGCAAUAUUGUUGUAAAUGCGCGAAUUAAGUUAGCAACACUGUUGUUCUAUAAAUGUGCCGUUACUUUCAUCACCACCUUCAAUCACUAAGAUUUUAUCCUUUAUAGAACGAGCUAGCAGUUAAAUGGAAAGUUUUCUUUUGUCCAAAGGGAAGCUAUAAACACGAACCGCCAAUGCCCUUUUCGCUAUUCAAAGCAACGUGAUACAAUUUCUUUUAUUUGUGUUGCCUUAAGCCCUUUUUCUUGUUUACUUUCUGUGCUAGAUUAAACUCCGUUUGAUCUUCAACAAGAAUCGCCGAAAGGCGAUUUUUAACUGGGCUGCAAAGGGGCUAUUUUUCCUGAAGGGAAGGGGCGGCUAUACACACUCAGGUUACCAUAAAACCUUGUCGGCAACCAUUGCAUGCGACAGAACCUCAUGUGAGACUGAAACCUAAACUCAUACAGAACAUUGUACCCUUUUGAAAGACUUUCGUAACCAAAAAAAAAGAGUACCAUUUUUAAGUGGGGGCUGUAUUGUAACUUUUAAAUUCCACCAUAAUGAAUAAAAAUAAACAAGUUAGCCAUUAAUUCUAAGCAGGAAACAAUUUGCAUUAUUUCCACGUACCCCUCCCCCAAUCCCUCUGUGCCCCAAAAUAUAGUGUGACAGUAUAACGUGACUAAUUUGACGAAACUGGAAAUUCCAAAAAUUGUUGUCGUUCUACGAGCGUAAAAUGCGACAGACUGAGCUGAUUUACACUAGACAGAAAUAUUGUAUUGUAUGAAAGCCAGAAGUAUACUAAAACAGACAGUUAACUGCCCAUUGAUCCCGCCUGAUCCAGAGGCCUCUCUGACUGCACGGAGACUUUACUGCGCUUUUCACAAACAUGCGAACUCUAAAGUUCAAAAACCACCUUCACAAUUGUGUUUAUCGCUGCCGUCAAUCAUAAUUACAAUCACAAGCAACGAAGCUUGAAACAGAGAAACACACAAAACGGAUCGAAAUCCACAAAUCACAAACCAUGACCUUUUGAACCCUUGAAGUAAAGUUUUGUUUCCUAAGAGGUCCGUUAAGAUGAUUGACAGCAGCGAAAAACGCAAUCGUCGGUUGGCUUCUGAACUUCAGAAUUCGCAUGUUUGUGAAAAGUGCUAUCCUAAUUUGCGGUCCACAGUCUACAAGAAAACGCACUAUUUUUUCCACAAGAUGAAAAAUAUUCAGUUUUAAGAUUUUCCUCAUGGUAUUUUUCUCUAACUUAAAGGAAUAAAAUCCUUUGCAUUUUGAGACCUAAGAAAGAUUAAAGAUUUCUCGCUCGCAUGUUGCGUUCACCAGCACGCACUUCAAACAAUGUAAAUAGAUGAAACGAUCGAUAACAUAUUUUUUACCUGAUACCGAUGCGAGUUAAAAAUUCGCUCCAGUUCUGUUUGUCUCACCCAAGACGAACUUUUCUUCAUGGAAGAUAACUAUGCCGCUUUAUAACUCGUCCGAGGUUUAUGUGCCAGCUAAACAAUACGGAAAAACUAUUCACAGUGACUCCUUGGAUAUUAAAAAGACUGAACGUGACGCACUAUUAUGCCUUACUUUUACUUCUGAUCAUAUCUUCAAGCGAAGUCUCUCUUUUCAAGCGAUUCAUCUCAAUGCACAAUAAUUGACCCUUAUAUUAGUUAAAACCCUAUGGUUCAUUUAUAUUGUCACGUCCCUCGCUCAUGGACGUGCGUAGUGCCAUUCAUCGGCAACUGAGUUAUUCGCUUCACUGACUACGAAGGCUUAUAAUCAAGUCUUCAACCAUAGUGUCGUCAACUGGUGAAAUACCUUGCUCAUACAUUGUGCUUCUUAAUUGCUCAUGUACUACAUCGAUCGAUAAUUCUCUCUUUGAGUUCACGAGGCGGCCACGGCAUUCCAAACCUGACGCUCACAGUCAUCUUUUGGUGUGAACCUACCGUGAACGGCGUGUCGGUUUGAAUGCAACGAGAGCAUUUCUCUGAGUUUCCCAGCGCCAACAUCAUCUAACUGACUUAAACUCGAACAAUAAAAAAAUUAUAGAGUGACUCCCAUGACCGAAUCGCUUCGAACAACGCAAAUAGCCUUUUUCAGGUUCGCAACGCUUUGUGGGUUUUUCAGGGGGCGCGCAGACGAGGUACAAAAAGUAUCCGUGCAAGGGUUCGUAGAAGAGAAAAUCAUAUGAAACCAUUUGUGAGAACAUCGUUUCUCGGUACCAGACCCUCGUGUCUUCCCUCCCCCGGGAGGCCGUUUUUCGCCGCAGACGACCGAAAGCCCAUUUUAUGACUGGGCCGCACAGGCAGCCCAGUAAUAAGAUAAAUAUGAAAAGUGAAUAUUUGCGGUUAAAGCAAAGUUGGCUCAGGGUCCAUUAUAGCAAUCUCGAGACGAUCUCGACUCAUACCAUACCGAACCAUAGCUUACAUUAUGCCUUUUUGGCAGCAAUUUUAUAAUUUAUUUCAUUCAUUUUACAUAAUCGAAUGUUCCUUUUUCGGGAUCAAAGGUCUCUGGGAAGGCAGCAGCACUGUUUCAGACACCGUACUUCGCGUUCAUUGAAUUUGAUGAGACUCAGAAAGCAGGCGUUGGAACAGGACCUUUGGACGCGCAACACCUAAGAGCUUGUAAUAAAAUUCUUUUUAACGUGCACGUGAUAAACAGGUUGAGGGGGACAGGGGACGGGAACCCGGGAGAAUAGAGGGCGCGAGGG